UCCAGGAGGAGGCGGCAAGUUUGAAAAGCGUCGACGGUUGUUGUCGGCCGACUUCUGCCUUCGCCUGCAGCACCUCCCGGGGCUCGCUGCUCUCCCGCGGGCGGCUGGUGCGGAGAGAGCUCAGACGGUGUAGGUGGGAGGCCUUUUCCCCCACCGGCCAAAAAAGAAUCGGAACUGAAAUUGAAAUUGGAAAUGGCAGAUGAUUCCAAAAAGAAGCACUGGGAGUUUGGGAAACAUCUUGGAGGAGACCAACGUGAAGCAGAAAAGUCAUUGAGUUACUAAAUGUUGGAAGGUUUCAGAAACCAACGCUAAAAUUUGAAUUUAUGCGACUCAGGCUAGCAGGACAUUCCCAGGAUGGAAACUCUGUCUUUCCCCAGAUACAAUGUAGCGGAGAUUGUGAUUCAUAUUCGCAACAAAAUCUUAACAGGAGCUGAUGGUAAAAACCUCUCCAAGAAUGAUCUUUAUCCAAAUCCAAAGCCCGAAGUCUUGAACAUGAUCUACAUGCGAGCCUUGCAAAUAGUGUAUGGAAUUCGACUGGAGCAUUUUUACAUGAUGCCCGUGAACUCAGAAGUCAUGUAUCCACAUAUCAUGGAAGGCUUCUUGCCAGUUAGCAAUUUGUUUAUUCAUCUGGACUCCUUUCUGCCCAUCUGUCGGGUGAAUGACUUUGAGAUUGCUGAUAUCCUAUAUCCAAAGGCAAAACGAACAAGUCGGUUUUUAAGUGGCAUUAUCAACUUUAUUCACUUCAGAGAAGCGUGCCGUGAGACAUACAUGGAAUUUCUUUGGCAAUACAAAUCUUCUGUGGACAAAAUGCACCAGUUGAAUACUGCACACCAGGAGGCAUUGAUGAAACUGGAGAGACUUGAUUCUGUUCCAGUCGAAGAACAGGCGGAGUUCAAGCAGCUUUCGGAUGACAUUCAGGAGCUGCAGCAAUCACUGAAUCAAGACUUUCGCCAGAAAACGAUAGUGCUACAAGACGGAAAUUCCCAAAAGAAGUCCGAGAUUUCAGAGAAAACCAAGCGUUUGAAUGAACUAAAAUUGUCCGUAGUUUCUUUGAAAGAAGUGCAAGAGAGUUUGAAAACAAAAAUUGUGGAUUCUCCAGAGAAACUAAAGAAUUAUAAAGAAAAAAUGAAAGAUACCGUCCAGAAACUUAAAAAUUCCAGGCAAGAAGUGAUGGAAAAAUACGAAAUCUACAGAGACUCAGUUGAGUGCUUGCCUUCAUGUCAGCUGGAGGUACAGUUAUAUCAGAAGAAAAUACAGGACCUUGCAGAUAAUAGGGAAAAGUUAACCAACAUCUUAAAGGAGAGCCUGAACUUGGAGGACCAAAUUGAGAGUGAUGAGUCAGAACUGAAGAAACUGAAGACUGAAGAAAAUUCCUUCAAAAGACUGAUGAUUGGGAAGAAGGAAAAACUUGCCACAGCACAAUUCAAAAUAAAUAAGAAGCACGAGGACGUCAAGCAGUACAAACGCACGGUGAUUGAAGAUUGCAACAAAGUUCAAGAAAAAAGAGGAGCUGUCUAUGAGCGAGUAACCACAAUUAACCAAGAAAUCCAGAAGAUUAAAUUGGGAAUUCAGCAACUGAAAGAUGCCACUGAAAGGGAGCGACUGAAGUCCCAGGAAAUCUUUCUGAGUUUGAAAGCUGCUUUGGAGAAGUACCAUGAAGGCAUUGAAAAGGCAGCAGAGGACUGUGGUGCUAAAAUCGAGGAGAAAACGGCUGAACUGAAGAAGAACAUGUUCAGGACGUCGGCUUGAUUAACGCAGGCACUUGUCUUUCCGCAAGCAGCUAGCCGCCUUCCUUUUACAUUGGGAAAGAGGACAGUUCGGUUGAAGUCCUUGGAAGUAUCGGAAGCAGCACGUAAUGUUGGCUCAGCCGUUUUCACGGGCUCUUAUAGGUUGUUAUUUUGUAAGAGAAUACGUGUAAUGUAGACUUUCAUUAACUUACAAUUAAAAUAACCUGUGCAGCUGUU